AUGUCACAAUAAAAUCAUAACAACAUGUGACACUUAAUAAUUAAAGUUUUCUUCACGUGUAUCACAAACAUAAUUGUUGAUUUUUUUGAAAAUUGAAUUAAAACGUAUAUUUAAAAGCAAUCCCACUAUCUAUUCUAACAUGGGCAAACAAAAAAAGACUAGAAAAAUCGUAGAAAAAAGGUUUGCUAAAAUGAAGAAGAUUAUAAACCCUAACGAUAAUAGAAUAAAAGCUAGUGAUCGAGCGGAUCCUAAGAAAAAGAGGAAACCAAAUCCAAAUGAAGUCAAAAUUCGUGAAGUGCCGCAAACGAGUUCUGCCCUGUUCUUUCAAUAUAACACACAAUUAGGACCACCAUAUCACAUAUUAAUUGAUACAAAUUUCAUAAAUUUUUCUAUUAAAAACAAGUUAGACAUAGUUCAAAAUAUGAUGGACUGUCUCUAUGCAAAGUGUAUUCCAUAUGUGACUGAUUGUGUUUUGGGAGAAUUGGAGAAACUUGGAAGGAAAUAUAGGGUUGCGUUACGAAUUAUAAAAGACCCAAGGUUCGAAAGACUGGCGUGUAUGCAUAAGGGCACAUAUGCUGAUGAUUGUUUAGUGCAACGAGUGACACAACAUAAAUGUUAUAUUGUGGCUACAAAUGACAAAGAUUUAAAGCGUAGGAUAAGGAAAAUUCCCGGAGUGCCUAUUAUGUAUGUCGCCGACCACAAGUUUACCAUAGAGAGAAUGCCUGAUGCUUAUGGUGCACCAAAAGGUGCAAUUUAGUAUAGGAUAAGAUGAUAAGAAAUAAACUUAUGCCUUUUA